CGGAAGUGUUUGCAGGAGGAAAACGCUCUUUCUGUUUCCUCGAUCUCCCUCCAGUUUGAGUCUUAAUGGUGUCUCUGAUAAACAUAGGACCAUGUCUCUGAAUGCGGACGUGAAUAAAACUCCUCUGAGGAGGAAACGGGAGGAAGAGGAGGAGGAGAGCAAGGAUGAGCGCGUGAAGAGAGACAAACGUGACGUCAGCAGGUUGGAGUCCUGUUUGGACCCACCGAUGGAUUCAGGAAGUAUCCAUGAAGUCAUCAAAUACGCCCCCUCUCCUCUCCCAGACAGACAUUACGACAUCGACACCACAGAACCAGUCAGCUGUGGUCUCACCACUCUGGGCGAGCUGCUGUCGUGGAAACGAAGAGAGGCGAACCCCUUCAACGUGGCGACCAUCCCCCUGGCUCCUCGGGAGCCUCCUCUGGCUGCUUCUCCAAGACGGACUUUGAUUUCACAUGACAUGAUGGGAGGUUACCUGGAUGACAGGUUUGUGCAGGGCACUCAUGUCGAAGCUCCGUAUGCCUUCUAUCACUGGGAGUACAUCGAUGUUUUCAACUACUUCACACACAACAUGGUGACCAUCCCCCCGGCUGUGUGGACCAACGCUGCUCACAAACAUGGCGUUGUAAUGAUCGGGACGUUUAUCACAGAGUGGACGGAUGGAGCAGCAGCAUGCGAGUCCUUCCUGAAAGACGAGGAGUCGUACCGAGCCGUGGCUGAUAAACUUGUCCAGAUCAGUCACUGUUACGGCUUCGAUGGCUGGCUCAUAAACAUCGAGAACAGCCUUAGCGAGGUGGCGUUGAGGAACACCCCGCUGUUCCUGCGUUACCUGACCGACCAGAUGCAUCUGAGGGUGUCUGGGAGUUUGGUUCUGUGGUACGACAGCGUGAUCGAUACGGGGCGGCUGCUGUGGCAGAAUGAACUCAACGAGAAGAACAGGAUGUUUUUUGAUGCUUGUGACGGUUUCUUCACCAACUACAACUGGACCGAGCAGAACCUGGAGGGGAUGAGCGGCUACAGCGGGAUGGACGGACGCCAGGCCGACGUCUACAUCGGGGUGGACGUGUUUGCUCGAGGAGACGUGGUGGGAGGGAAGUUUGAGACAAAUAAGGCUCUGGAGAUCAUCAGGAAGCACAACUUCUCUGUCGCCAUCUUUGCUCCAGGCUGGGUGUACGAGACGCACGAGGAUAAGAGCGAGUUCCGCAAAAAUCAGGACAAGUUCUGGGCUCUCCUGUCAGACUACCUGUACGUCCAUCGGCCAUGUUUGUCCCUCCCGUUUAUCUCCUCAUUCUGUCAGGGCUUUGGGAAGGCGCUCUACUGGAGAGGACAGCAAGAGACGGAGAAGAGCUGGUUCAACCUGAGCGCCCAGGAAAUCCAGCCUUUAUAUUACCACACAGAGCUUGAGGGCGGAGCCUGGGUGAGGAGCCGCGGCUGCCCUGAUGACGCCUGGAGUGGAGGCUGCUCGCUGUUGCUGGACGGACUCAUCCCCUCCACACAAACCACUCCAGUCUGUGCAAAGAUCUUUUCCCUCCAUGUUCCUCUCGCUACACAGACUUUAGUCAGCAUCAUCUACAAACCGUCUGCAGGGAUCUCAGUGUCUCUGGAGCUGAAGACUGCUGAUGCCAGUCUGUGCACACACAUGGACAUAAAAGACGUCCAAUUCAGCAGCGUGUCUCCUGAGCGUCUGGAUGAAGAUCACCAGCUUUUCAGACAUUUCUCUCAGCUGUGUGGGAACUUUAUUCCCUCAGGUUGGACUGUCAGGUGUUCUCAGCUGGAGCUUCGUGGCUGCGCUCUCAAAGAUGUUUGUUUAAGCAUUCAGCGAGACGGACCACCUGAGGACACGCCGUUCAGCUGCAGGCUGGGACAGAUCACACUCCUGGAUGUCUCCAGUCUUCAGGUUCCCCCCGAGCUCAUUCGGGGUUUGUGUAUUUACGAUGUGGUGUGGUUUCGUGGUGCCGGCUCCUCUUCAGAAUCCACCUCUCCAGGUCUGAUCUUGAACGCCACCCUGCGCUGGGACUACCCGACCCUCCUUGUCAGACACUUCAGGAUUUACUGGAGGCGCCUGAGAGGACCUGAUCCGAGAAUCCCCCCCGGUCAGCUGGUCCUGGUGGGCCGGGCGUACUCCAAUCUUUACAGAGUAACAGAGCUGAUGGUCCCGGAGCCACCGGGUCUGAUGGAGCUGGUGGUGGAGCCGGUGAUCAGGAAGGACUUCCCGGUCCCGGAGAGCCACUGGGGGAGGCGGAGCCUGAGCUACACGGAGGACUCAGCGUGAGGACUUUAACUUUAUCGACUUAAACGGUGCUGCAGCUACCAUGAAAACCUCAGCGCUCCCCAGUUGAGCUACAGUUUGUCCAAACUCUGUGUCUUAACGUUUUUGGUGAUUUUCUGAAAAACACUCUUUAAAAGAUGAAAUUAUCUAUAGUGUUAAUAAAUCAAAAUGAGAACAAUGUUAUUCCCCAUAAACAUGGGGUUCCUUAACUACAAAAUUUCAGCUCUCAUAGUUAGAAGAAUGGCGUUGCAGCUUUUUCACCCCCGUCCAUUAGGCUCUGGUUUCACCAGGUAGAUUUAUUUAAGAUACACAAAAACUGGCAGGUAAUGAGGGUAAAAGAGUAAACAACUGCUGGUUAGCAUGGAAAUGGAGGGAAGAAUGUGUCCUUUACACACCUUGGUGUGGAGUGCUGCAAGGGCUCCUUGGACGAUGAGUCCAUCAGUUUUUGUGGAAAGAUGAAAUUUUAAACAUUUUUUUUUUGCUCUUAACCUAAGCUGAUUGUGACCUGAGGAUGAUGAUUUGAUGACUUACAAAAAACUUUAAACCUAAAUUUGAUGAGGUCCCAGUCAGUUUUUAGAAUUCAGUUAUUCAGCUUUAAAGAUGAACAUGUACUGUACCAAAUAUACACAGAUGCUUGCUUAUUUUUAUAAUCUAACCAUACAUUAAUAUGCCAUGUGCUACAGAAACAUGAGCUGUAGGAGGCUUUAGUUAUUGAGCCAAACAUACCUCAGUAUUCAUAAGCUACUCACAGUUUUUGAUUUAAGCUGAAAAUCUCUGAAGGGAAACUUCCAGAACUCCUCACUGUGUUUAAAACAUGGAACGGCAGCUUUUCAUCCUCAUAAGCUCCUCAGAUACUCAUUUCAGGUUAUCUUCCUAUAAUAACCAGGUGCAUCAUGGGAAAUGAAACUGAUAUUUAAUUUGUACUCAGCUCAGCUUCGAUGUCUUUAUUAUUUAGAUGUUAAAAUCCUCCAGAGACCCUGCAUGUGUGUGAGAGGACAUCACAUUUGGGAAAAUCCUGAUAUUAGACUUUAUCAGAUUCAUUUCUGGAAUUUCCAUCCAAGUUUAAGGAAUUUGCUUAAUACUUGAGAAGUAUACAGAGAAGUUUUCAUGGGAAUAUUUGGGGAUAUGUUUAAGUAUUUUGAAGAGUUGGAUUCAAAGUUCAGGCGGGGGGCACAUUGACAUUAGCAGGUACUGUCAUGGGAGCUUUGGGAUCUGUUUGAAUUUUUUGGGGGAAAUUGGAUAUUUGGAUGAUUUUUUUGGCUAAUUUUCCAUGACAUUUUGGUGGGAUUUAAUUGAACGUUUUUGGGGGAAUAUCUAAGGAAUUGUUUCUGAGAUUUUCCUGGGAAAUUUUUGAGACUUUGUGAGUAAUUUUUGAGGAUAUGUAUGUUUAUUUGGAAAAGACUGAUUUGCAGAUUUGAAGGAGGUUUGCAUUGACAUUUUCUGGUAUUUUCAUGGGAAUUUGGGGAACUUUGGGGGGAUUUUGAUUGGAAUUUUGAAGGGCAUUAUUUUGAACAUUUUCCAUAUUUUUUCAAUGGGAAUUGGUUGUGGAAUUUGCAUUGAAAUAUCCUUGGAUAUUGCUGGAAAUACAAGUUGAUAGUUUUUUUUUUUUAAGAUCUAUUUUUGGCUUUUUUGCCUUUAUUUGAUAGGACAGUGGAUAGAGUCGGAAACAGGGAAGAGAGCAGGGAGAGACAUGCAGGAAAUAGUGCCACAGGCCGGACCCAAACCCGGGUCGCCUGCGAAAAUUGGGUGAAACGUAUUUGUAAUUUGAUUGAAUAUUGGGUGGAAUUUUCUUUUAAAUUUUGAGGAAUUCUUGGGGAGCAUUUUAUUUAUAUCUUUUGGCUUUUUGUUUUUUAAUGUUUACAAUUUUUACAGAUUUUUUUGGAUAAUGUGUUGAGAAUUUAGGGAAUGUUGGCAAUAUUAUGUUCUUAAAUAAUAUUAAAGGAAAUGUUCACAGAUCUCUGGAACUUUUAGCAGAAAUUUAGGUCAUAUUUGGUCUAAACUUGUACAGAAAACAACACUCUAAGUCUCCUAUUGACUGACACCAUUUCUUAUUACUCCUACUAACUGGCCGACACAGCUAAAACUUAAAUCUGUAAAUCUACUCAAUCAUCCGAAAUAAAUGGGAGAAACUGAAAAUGUUUAACAGAGACGGUUGGGUCUCUGGAGGAUAUUAACAUUCGUGUGUUGAGAGGAAUUUUUUAUAUACAUAUUUUUAGCUUUUUUACGCCUUUAUUACAGAGGACAGUGGAUAAGAAACAGAGAGAGUGGGGAAUGACAUGUAGGAAAGGAAGUGAGCCAAGGCCUGAUCUCACUGCACAGGUGAAUCCCUUUUAAAGGCACUAUGAUGAAAUGAAAGCUUUAAGCCUACACUUUAACCUCAUUUUUUUAACAGGUUUUAUUAACCUGCAUGCCAUUGAAAUAACAAAUGCACUUACUAUCUGCA